CUUCGUUUGUUAACCUUUACUCCUUUAGGCCGCCGAAGUUUUAUGUUCUUCGUGAUUCCUCUGUUCGUUUGAAAACCCUAAUUUGUACCUUUCAAUUAAGAAGAAUACUUGAAUUGACAAGUGCUUUGGGCAUAUCAUUGUACGCUUCCAAAUCAGAAUUAACUGAGUUGCUUUAACACAGCAGCCCGUAGAGGUUGCAUCUCGAAAUGGGUGCUCCUAAGCAGAAAUGGACACAAGAAGAAGAAUCAGCUUUAAAGUCUGGCGUUAUAAAGCAUGGACCUGGUAAAUGGCGCACAAUUCUCAAAGAUCCUGAAUUUAGCGGAGUCUUGUACCUGCGUUCCAACGUAGAUCUCAAGGACAAAUGGAGAAACAUGAGUGUCAUGGCCAAUGGCUGGGGAUCGCGUGAAAAAUCUAGGUUAGCUGUUAAAAGGACGCUCUCUCUUCCUAAACAGGAAGACAACUCUCUUGCCCUAACCACUUCUUUGCAAAGUGAUGAAGAAAUGGUGGAUGCCAAGCAUUUUUCAACUACUGGCUCCUCUGCACUGCAAGUUCCUUCUACUCCUGCUCCAAGGCGACCUAAUGUAAGGUUGGAUAACCUUAUAAUGGAAGCAAUAGCUACCUUGAAGGAGCCUGGUGGCUGUAAUAAAACAACAAUUGGUGCCUACAUCGAGGAUCAAUAUCAUGCUCCACUAGACUUCAAACGGUUGUUGUCUACCAAGCUAAAGUACUUGACAGCUUGCGGUAAACUUGUGAAGGUUAAGCGCAAGUAUAGAAUCCCAAACUCCACUCCAUUGUAUUCCCACAAGAGAAAAAAUCUGGGAAUAUUUUCAGGAAGACAGAGGACGUCUGGUUUGCCUUCACCCAAAACAGACAGAGAUGAAACGACUUUUCAGACAAGGUCACAGAUUGAAGCAGAGUUAGCCAGAAUGAAGAGUAUGAAUGUACAUGAGGCGGCAGCUGUUGCAGCACAGGCAGUUGCAGAGGCAGAAGCUGCCAUGGCAGAGGCUGAGGAAGCUGCAAAAGAAGCAGAGGUAGCUGAAGCGGAAGCAGAAGCAGCCCAAGCUUUCGCUGAAGAAGCUUCAAAGACAUUGAAAGGAAGAAACAACUGCAAAGUGAUGAUCCGUGCUUGAGAUGAUGGUAAGCGUAAGAAGAAGAGAAGAAAAGAGAAAGAGUAGAGAGAGGCCUAGUGUUUGUGUUGAUGAUAUACUCCUCUAAAGAAGUCUAUUUAGUAUUAAGCAAUCAGUAUGUAUGUGUCUGUUACUUACUUUCUCCACUACUUACUUUUGUAUCCCUUUGUUUGCAUUUGUAAACUCUUCGAAUUUUCAAUCAAGUUUUAGGAAUCUCCAUGUACAUAUCAGAGAAUC